AUGUGGAAUUUUUUAAAAUGGAUAAUUCUUACGGUGCAUGUGAUGGGGUUAUCCCAAGGAUAUCCCAUCAAGCAAAGCGGUAAUGGCUUAGAAGUUCCACCUGCGGAAGUGUUGAAUUUUAUGCGACGUUUUGGCUAUCUGGAUAAAAAUCCCGACAAUUCGGAAGCUUUAUAUCAUGAAAGUGCAAUUGUGGAAGCUCUUAAGAAUAUACAGAAAUAUGGAGCCAUAAAUCAAACCGGCAAAUUGGAUGACAUGACCCUUGAGCUGUUUACAAAGCCUCGCUGCGGUGUACCCGAUAUUGAGGGGAAGCCCUAUUAUCUGAAACAACAUGAAACGGUGACAAUGGGAGCAAAACAUCGACAAAAGCGUUUUAUCUUUGGAGCAAAAACUUGGACCAAAAGGAAUAUAAAAUAUCUAAUUGGCAACAGAUCUUUAAAAAUUCCCCGGGAGCAAGUUGAAAGAGAUUUAGCUCGGGCAUUCGAUGUCUGGUCGCAAUACAGCAACCUGAAAUUUCACCGUGUGUAUGAUACAUCCGCGGAUAUUAUAGUGGGCUUUGGCUCACAAUAUCAUGGUGACAACUAUCCAUUUGAUGGUGCUGGCAAUAUUUUGGCUCAUGCUUUCUACCCCUACGAAAUGGGUUCCUGGGGUGGCGAUGUACAUUUUGAUGAGGAUGAGAAUUGGAAAGAAAAUUCACCAGAUCUCAGUCAAGGUGUAGACUUUUAUACGGUGGCAUUGCAUGAGUUGGGCCACAGUUUGGGAUUGGCCCAUUCGCCCUCCCAUAGUUCGAUAAUGUUUCCCUAUUACAAGGGACCCGACUACAAUAUACUGGAUUACGACGAUACUCUGGCUAUGUAUGAAGCAUAUUUAAAUAAGAAACUAGAUGAUGAUGAUUUAGAACCCUCGAGCGAAGAGCAACAGAUGGAGGAUGAAGGAGAUGAUGAGGACAAAGAUAAUGCCUACAAUGGUUAUGACGAAGCGAGAUAUUCCACACCGGUACCCGUGGAAGAAACAUCUAAAAGUUAUUAUGAGCCAGAGAUGUCAUACAAUUCAACUACUGUUACCACUGACAGUGGUUACGCCACCACACCCAUGGCAAACAGUUCAUAUACGAAUACUGCCACAACCGUAUACAACCCCAACACUGAAGCUGCCACCACCACUAAUUUCUAUCCCUCCUUGGGUACAACCGCUGCCAUACCCUACCCCACAACAGACACCAUCAGCGAUAGCUCUCCUUUUCCUCCUCCCAUUCCCAAUAUAUGUGAGGGAGGUUUCAAUGCGGUUUGUUACUUUAAUGGAUCAACACACAUUUUCAAAGGCCAAUAUGUUUGGAAAAUUUCAUCCCAAUAUCGUGUUAUUAAUGGUUAUCCGAAACUAUUGCAAGAUGUCAUUGUAGAUCUGCCUCAAAAUAUUCUCGAGAUUGAUGCUUGCUAUGAGCGCUAUGACAAAACGGUGCUAUUUUUUACGGGUCAGAUUAAAAUAAUAAAUUUUUAAUGAUUUAUUAAUAUUUUCUUUUUUUUAUAUAGGAACUCAAAUCUGGUAUUAUAAGGAUAACAAGAUACUGGAUGAUAGUCCCGUCUCCUUGCAAAGUAUGGUGGGUGGUGAGGUAACUGUAG